AUGAAGAAAUUGCUUGCACGCGAUGGAGUCACUCAUCGUUUAUCUACCGCAUAUCAUCCACAAAUAAGUGGACAAGUGAAAAAUGCAAAUCGCGGUAUCAAACGAAUCUUAGAGAAAACAGUGGGUAAGAAUAGGAAGGAUUGGUCCGACAAGCUAGGCGAUGCGUUGUGGGCGUUUAGAACCACCUACAAGACUCCUUUAGGAACCAAACCAUUUAUGAUCAUCUAUGGAAAAGCUUGUCACCUUCCCAUCGAGCUAGAGCAUAGAGCGCUUUGGGCAUUGAAAGCCGUUAAUCUUGACAUGACCGAAGCCGCUAGGACGCGGUUCUUUUAA